AUGGCGAUCCAUAAUAAUUUUCCGAGGGCUUUGUAUAAGACUCGGCCACUAUUAUCACCUCCUAACGCUUGGAGAUCCCCAUUUUCCAAUGUUUCGAGACGCCUUACAACUAGCGAACGAACACGCCACUCUGUGGAAUGUUCUCCAAGGAAGCCCAAAUGGGGUUCUUUGACGCCGGAGCAGCAGGAUUACAUUUCUGCAGCUAUCCGCGUGAAUCAAGCAGGAGAAUUAGGUGCUGUGCUUAUCUACGCAGCCCAGACGCCCAUUGUGGUAAAGCAACAUCCAGAACUGCGGCCACUUAUGCAACACAUGUAUGACCAAGAAGUUGGCCAUCUAAGCACUUUUAAUGAUCUGAUAACUAAACAUCGGAUCCGUCCAACUACUAUGUAUCCUUUGUGGCAGGUUCUUGCCACAGGGCUUGGAUGGGCAACGGCAAUAAUGGGAAAGGAAGCUGCUAUGGCAUGCACUGAAGCUGUUGAGACGGAGAUUGGUACUCAUUACAACGAACAGGUCGAGGAGGUGAUCAAAAUCAUACAGGGCUGGGAGCAAGAAGGCUAUGAAGCGGGAACUGAGAUACUUGAAUUUCUCCAGACGCUCCGUCGUAUUCGGGAUGAGGAACUCCAGUACCUCGACCACGCGGUUGAACAUGACGCGAAGAAUGCCCCACUGCAUGACUUGUUGACCGCUUUUGUCCGGACAUCCUGUAGAGGGGCAAUCUUUGUAAGUCAGCGAGUUUAA